GAGCGGUCUCGCGCUAAGCUUCCGAGCUGUAUACACACCGCCGCCCGUACACGGCCACGUAAUAUACGGCAGGGGAGGGAGGACAUGCCGGAGGUUCAGCGCACCGAGUCCCCGAGGUCGGCCGGCGAGUAUCGGCUACUCGACUUUGUCCGCGGCUGUAACGACCCUCCCGGCCCCGCUGCCCGUGCCAGGCCCCGCAGCUCCACCGGCAUGGCUCCCGCGAGCGCCUCCUCCUCCUCCCUCCUGGAACAGGGGGGAUCGCUACCGCGCCGCGGCAAUAACAACAACAGCAACCCCAGCGCCGAGCGCAGCGUCUCCUUCAAUCGGGACGUCCACGUCAAGAGGAUCGGUCGCGGCUCGCCUCACGUCUCCACGGCCCUAGCUGGAGAUGGUGAAGGCAGAUUCGUGACGACGCCUGUGCGCAGGGACAGCAUAAAGGCGCGCAGCAAGGAAGACCUCGCCGAGGAGGCGGCCCACGUGCUCCGCCAGGCGGACAGUGUUGACUGCUUCGCCUACGACUCCGCGAGCCCACGCAAGUACAGCAGCCUGCCCGUACGGGGCCGCAAGGCCAAGCAGCACCACCAACCGGACACCGGCCGGCAGCUCAGCGAGGGGCCGGCCGGCACUCCGCGGCCGAAGAAAAACCGAGCCCUCCUCGAGCGCAGCCACAGCGAUGCCGGCGGCACCCGCCAACCCUCCCCCACGGUCCCCAAUCUUGUCCCGACCGAGCACCAGGUCAGGCUAGGCCGGAGCCACAGCGACGCCGGCCGGCUGCUGCUGCCACGCAAGCGCAGCGGCAGCGACGACACCGCUCGAAAACCCCUGUCGCCCAUCAUCGAGGCGUCGCCCCAAGUCCGCGACCAGCCCUUCCAGUUCGACCCCGCCGAGCCCAAGAAGCCCAAAAAGCACCAGGACGAGGUGGACCGCGGCCCGACCGCGGCGACGGCGCCAAGGCACAGCAGCAUGCUGCAGCACAGCAGCAGGUAUGACCACCAGCAACGAGCCGAGGAAUCUACCAUCCACAAGAUGAUACACCGUCUGUCGAACGACCGCUCCCCGCCCCCACAGUUGACCCGGACGAUGGUCAGCCCGGGCCCGGGCUUCGGGCACAACAACAACCGGCCCUUCUCGUACACCCGGCCCAACGACGCGAGCCCCCCGCCCGCCCAAACGGGCCCGCCGGACCAACAGGUCAUCUACGCCCAGGUCCAGCUCGACAAGAAAAAAGCCGCCGCCGCCGCGCAGCGCAGCCACUCGGACAGCGACGAGGGCCUCGGGCUCGAGCGCAAGGACUCCUCGCGGGAGAACAGCCCCGCGGAGAAGGAGUACCGACGUGCCGACUACUACAACGAGCUCAACAGCUUCAAGAGCCGCCAGUACGAUGCCGCUGAGGCGCGGAUCAAGCCGGCCGGUGGUGGUACGCUGUUCGGCGACUUUGGUCCAUCGUCGUCGGUGGGGACGAUCAAGGCACCGGAGAAGCCAUCCCUGUACACCUCGAGCGUGUUCGUGGACAGUGGUACGGAGGCGGCCAAGCAGCUGAGCAAGAGCUCGGAGCUGAGCGCGCGGAGGGACCUGCUGGAGUCGAGGAUUAAGUCCCGGCUGUUGGCCGACGAGAUGUUCGCGAAAAGCGCGGUGGGGAGGAAGCCGGCGGUGACGACGGGGGUGGAGCACGGGAUCAUCGAUAAGCCGAUCGUGCCGUCGCCGGUGGUGCCGAGCGGCCGAGUCGGCUCGUCGCCCAAGCGCUACACCGAGACGUACAUAAGUGAGACGCGGACCAACAGCAACGGGGAAAAGUACAUAUUCGAGAAGGAGGUGCGCGAGGACAACGAGGGCAAGGUGUACGGGUACGAGAAGAAGAUAACUAACCGGUUGCCCGUGGACGGGAGUUACGAGCCGAAGGAGGGCUACACCGUGGAGACGCGCACCGACAAGUACGGCGACAAGUACAUCGUCGAGACGCGCACCCACGGCGACUACGACGACGAGCUCAAGGCUACCAAGAGCCCCGACCUCUACGACGACGACUAUGACUACGACCUGUGCGACGAGGAUUUUCGGACAAAGGGUCUCCAACGCCGCAGGCGGCUGCUGCUCCUUAACAACAACAACAACAACAAUGGCUCCGAGAAGUCGAGCGGUUACACGGUGCCCUCGCCGCCCCUCAUCGCCCGGAAGUUAUUUGGCGAGCAGCGCAGUGGCCUUUUUUCCAAGAGCGAGCCGUACCAGCCGAGGUCCAAGAGGAGUUUCGAGGCCUUGCGCACGAGGAGCAAGUCCACGCAGCGGCUGGACGAGUUGUCCGGGACCGGGGAGACUCGAGUGCCGGUACAUCGGGCCCACGGGUUGACGCGUUCGCACGAGAAUCUCAGCUCGGCCGUCGACUACGUGAACGUCGGGUCGCCGUCGCGUUUUCCGAAGCGGCGGCUCGACAAGCUGCGCGAGGGGCCCCACGACGACUACGACACCGACAUAUCUCAGGCGACCAACAGCCAGCUCGAGUCGGCCACCUCGAGCGCCGUCAAGUACAAUUACCGGCACCAUCACCAGCAGCAGCUGUCGAGCAAGCGGGGCCUCCAGGACGACUACGACAGCAGCGGCUCGCCGCCGCGGUUGCUCCGCAACGGGUACAGCUCGAGCAGGUACGACUCGGAUACGACGGCCCCCCGGGACUCGGUGCGUUAUCACCACAGGGACCACAACCAGCGCAUCAUCCCGGAGGAGGAUCCGAAGCGGCCGAUGCGGCGCUCGCGCAAUCGGUUGGACUACGUCGAGCAAGAGGGCGGCACCGGCGGGCCGCCACAGAGGCCGCCACGUGCGCAUCACCACGCGCGCCACCACCACCACCACCACCAUCAGCGCGAGGCCAGCAGGUUGAGCGACCCGGAGCGCAAGGAUCGGCUCGCGGAUUCGGGUAUCGAGAACGAUUAUCGGCGCGACUCGCAGGAGGCGGAUGGGGGUAGAACUGGGCGGGUCGAGGCCCUCGAGUCCGAGGACGAGGGUUUCGUCACGACGCAAUUUAUCAAGCAAGAGCGCCGGCACACCGACCGCAGUAUGACCCCGUGCAGUGCCUCUGGAACCCCGAGUUCGUCCGAAAAGCAGCGCCGAUACGAUAAGUACGUGGUGUACUACGACAAGCAGGUCGUUGGUGGUCACAACAACCAUCAGCCCUUGACGGCGAAGCCACCCUCGGGCGCUGAUGUCAAGAAGUACGAGAAAAAGGCCGCGAAGAAGAGCGGCACGAUGAGCAAGGUGAAGGAGCUCUUCCGGAAAAAGGAAAAGAAGGCCAAAGAGGAGAAGAGCAAGGGCAAGUACGCCCGCUCGGGUGGUAGCAGUGGCGCCCUCACCGACGACGAGGUCACCAUGAGGUACCGCGAGUACCGUGGCGACCAGCUGCGCAACGCCAGGAGUGCCCGGGACCUCGAGAGCGAGAUCAAUGAGGACGAGUACCGACAGCGCAGGCGCUUGUCGACGCCGAGCGGAAGCCCGAGCCCACCGCGGCCUUCGAGACUGUCGCGGUCCACUGGUACACUCACGCGGCCUGACCAGUUUCGCAGCGAGCACAAGGGCUCGCGGGACCGCCAGGACCAGGACGUCGAGAGGAAAGGAUGGUUCAAGUCCCUCUCCCGCAAGACCAAGUCCAGCGCGAAACCCGUUGAUAAGAAGCCGAGAAUACCGGAGAGCGAGAUUUUAACGACCGGCACGGAAGACGAGGAGGCCUCGUCGGCGCCCGAGAGGACUUUGGUGCAGAAGAAUCUGCGCUUCUUCGGGGACACCGAUCUAGAGUCGAUUUCGUCGAACCGUGACCGCAGGAACAAGCGAGCAGAGGAGCAUGCCAAAGUAAGGCGUGAGAUCACGAACUCGAGCCGUCACCCCAUGGGAAUCGUACUCCCGGCGAGGAAGUCGUCGAGGCUCGCGGAGAGCGCCCUGUCUUCCGGUGAAAGUACGACGGGCGACAGCAGCCAGCAGAGCCAGAAUUCCCAGAGGUCCCAGAGAUCCGUCGUCUACUUGCACGCCGCAACAGUUGGCGAGAUACCCGGGCCGAACGAGCGGCGUCACGCUGCCAGCCGGGAGGAGCUCAGCCGACCCCUGGCCGCGCACACGCGCACCGUCUCCAGGAGCGUGAGUGUACUGACACCCUGGCGACCCCGGCACUUGCGCGAGCCCUACGAGAUCAACUACGACCAGCAGCAGCUCCACGCCAACGGCAAACAACAACAACAACCGACGACGAUGCGCCGCAGGCAACGCAGCCGAGAGACCCUCGGUCGGCGUGGCAAGGAGCCCAGGCGCUCGAGCAAAGAUGCCACUACCAAGAGCGGCACGAUGAAUCGCAGCACGCUGAAGUCGAAGGACAAGCAAAAAGUGGACAGAACCGUGUCCACGGAGUCGCUGGCCAGCAAGUCCCGGAACGUCGACACCCGGCCGGAGUUGAACAGGUCGACGUCGGUCCCACGCGACCCGAACAAGAGCGCGGGAUGGUUCAAGCUCAAGAGCAAGAAAUCCCGGGCCUAAGCGAGGAGGCCAUUGACCAAUGCUAGUCUCGAAUUUUCAUUUUUUAAGAUGUUGUCUUCUCUUUCUUUUUCUUUUGCGUAGUAGUUAAGCAGUUAAUUAAUAAUUAAUAACGUCCCACCCCGACCAUCAUUGCGCCAAUCCGUAAUACGUUAUUUUAUUAUUUUUUUUUUUUUUCGAUAAUUUUUCUAACACAAUGGCAUACUUAACAUUAUAACCAUUUUUUUGUCCCCUCACGUUUCGUUAAGUCACAUUCACCCCAAACAUCUCACACUGGGUCGCUAAUCGCAGCGACGUAACAAUUUAUUUUUGUUUUUCGUGUCUCUUUUAACUAAUCGGUCAAUGCGACGCGCAUGUAUAGUAACGAACAUCCUAUAGCGACAUUGUAACGAACGUCACACGCUUGAGCUGAGCACUAGUCUUCUGUAAGCUAAACGCAUUAUGUCGAAUCCGAAAUCUGCAAUCGUUAGUUAUGUUUUCCGUCUAAAGUCGAAUCACGAGGUUCAAAGAGUGCACAAGUAGUGUAGUGUUUAGGGUCGGUUAAAAAAAAAAAAAAAAAAAAAAAAAAA